AUUGUAGGCAACAUUAGAAAAACGGAGUUUAUAGGUUCAUCUACUGAUCAUAUUUGACAACAAAUGUAUCAACCAACAUUUUUAAAAUAACCAAUUAACGAAGAGAAAAGAUAAGGGAAGAUUGCAAUUCUUUGAGGUAAUUAUUCAGAUUGAAAAUCUCGUUUUAAAAAGAGAGAAGCUCAGCACAACUAUAGAACACAAUCAAGAAACUGCAAAACUCUUGAACUGAUUCAGGUAACUCAAAGACAAUGGCAACGGCACAAGACAAAGAGGAACAGAAGGAACUUGAACAUUUUUACGAAGAUUUUCCAGACCAUCUUAAAAAUAUUCUGAAAGUGGAGAAUUUUGCUGACUGUCUUCACUCUUUCAACUACAAGGAAUUAGCCAGCUCAGCUACAGACAAGUAUCCUAAUGAUUUUAAGAAAAUCCUAGAACAAGCAACAAAAGAUGCAUUUUUAUUUUUAAAAGUUCUCCUGCCGUUAACGGAAGAAAUGUUAACGUUUAUCCAGAAUUUCUUUGAAGAGUACGAUGAUUCGUACGAAGAAUGGGAAAAGGAAAUAAAAGGUAUUAUUAAAGAUGUUAAGGAAAACGCAAAAAAGGUAGAAGUAGUUGGAUGGUUAUCUGAGAUGUUGGCGUCAGUAGCAAAAGUUAAUAAGAUGCAGACAGAAACGUUUCUUAAAAAACUUGAGUUGGAAGACAAUUACAAAAAAAAUACAGAUAAGUGCCGAAAGGAAGAGAAAUCAUUUAAAGAUCAUGCAAAUGUCAUUAUUAAUUCUAUUGUUAAGUUAUAUAAUGGAGAAAGAAAUUCAAAUAAAGGAGCCUCAUCGAAAGAUCAAAGUGAGGAAGGGUUGCAAAAACACUUUUCAGACGAGAUAAAAGAUAUGUUGAAUGCAUUGAGCAAGCUCAUCGACAGUGCUAACGGAAUAGCGGCUUUCUUUUUUCUCAUUCACAAAGAUAUAGAAAACUGCAUCAAAGUGAUUGAUUCUGAUCGUCAAAAAAGAAAUAAAAGUCAUUUUGAGGCUACGAAAAAGAAAAGCAAAGACAUCAAAUAUCAAAUUCAAGUGUGCUUAACUAUUAUACCAAACAUUCGGAGCUCGCUAGACGCAAUUCCCAAGACUGGUAUUGACCAAAGUUGUGUUCAGGAAUGGCUAAAAAAUAAUUGGGAAGUUGCAAAUCGUUAUGAAAUAAAUUCCUUGCCGAAUUGUUAUCUAACGGACAAAUAAUUGUUGUCAAUUCUUGUUGAUAUUUCUAGUAUCAAACGGACUCAAGACCACUUUGCUAUCAAAAAUAGUGAUCAUUCGGAUGGUUUUUGAUUUAAUAACUUCAUGUCGACAAUAAAAUUUGGGCAUGUUGUUUUAUGAAUUUUGCAUGAAAAUUAUUUAUUGGACUCGUUGAUAAUCACUUGGGAGUGAUUGCAGAUUUUAUCAUUUAUAUGUCCUUUUAAUCGAUGAUCAUAAUAACCCUAAAUAAUCUUAUGCACUUACGUCCAGCAAAAGUGAUUUAAAACAUUUUAGUGUAAAAAUCACUCCUGAAAGUAUGGCUUGAAUAUGUAAUGUUUGUAUUGCAUCAUUAAUAAUUUUUUUUCUCAUAGUAUGAAUUAUAUUAAACCUGCAUGCAUUCAUAAUAGCCAAUUAAUAGCACAAUUUACUAAUGAUUAUAAUGGCACAAUUUAUUAAUGACCUCUAAUGUAAUAAAAUUUAUAUAUGUAGAAUUCAAAAAAGUCAUUUUAAAAAGAAAA